AUGCCCUCAAGUGGUCUAUAAAAUUCCGUAUCCACCACAAACCUCAUCCCCUUGCUCUCUCCCAUCUUCUGCCCCUCUCAAACCCUAGCUUGGGACUUCAGUGCUCUCGUCCUAGAAACCCUAGAAUCCAUUUUUUCUCUAAUUCCAAAUCAUUUUAAUAUCUUACAAAAAUCUUUCUUCGAAGAAUGGGUGAUGCAAGGGAUAACGACGCCUACGAAGAGGAGCUUCUUGACUAUGAGGAAGACGAAGAGAAGGCCCCAGACUCCGUUGGGAUGAAGGCUGGUGGUGAAACGGCAAAGAAGGGUUAUGUUGGAAUUCACAGCUCCGGAUUUAGAGACUUUUUGUUAAAGCCAGAACUUCUACGUGCUAUAGUUGAUUCUGGAUUUGAGCACCCUUCAGAAGUACAACAUGAGUGCAUCCCACAAGCCAUUCUGGGAAUGGAUGUCAUCUGCCAAGCGAAGUCUGGAAUGGGGAAAACUGCUGUUUUUGUUCUGUCAACGCUUCAGCAAAUUGAGCCAAUUGCUGGUCAAGUUGCAGCACUUGUCUUGUGUCACACUAGAGAACUGGCGUACCAGAUAUGUCAUGAGUUCGAGAGAUUUAGCACUUAUUUGCCUGAUAUCAAAGUUGCAGUAUUCUAUGGAGGCGUUCACAUAGUAAAGCACAAGGAUAUUCUUAAAAAUGAAUGUCCUCAUGUAGUUGUUGGCACACCAGGAAGAAUUCUAGCACUAGCUAGAGACAAAGACCUCUCUUUGAAGAAUGUGAGACAUUUCAUUCUUGAUGAAUGUGACAAGAUGCUAGAGUCCCUUGACAUGCGAAGAGAUGUGCAGGAGAUCUUCAAAAUGACUCCACAUGAUAAGCAAGUUAUGAUGUUUUCCGCCACACUCAGCAAGGAAAUACGCCCUGUUUGCAAGAAAUUCAUGCAAGAUCCAAUGGAAAUAUAUGUAGAUGAUGAAGCAAAACUGACCCUGCAUGGUCUAGUUCAGCACUACAUCAAACUGAGCGAGUUAGAGAAGAAUCGCAAACUGAAUGAUCUUCUGGAUGCUUUGGACUUCAACCAGGUUGUAAUUUUUGUUAAAAGCGUAAACAGAGCAGCGGAGCUGAACAAGUUGCUAGUUGAGUGCAACUUCCCUUCAAUCUGCAUUCAUUCUGGCAUGUCACAGGAAGAAAGGUUGACAAGGUACAAGGGCUUCAAGGAAGGACAUAAAAGGAUUCUUGUAGCAACCGAUCUUGUUGGCAGGGGAAUUGAUAUUGAGCGUGUUAACAUUGUGAUUAAUUAUGACAUGCCAGAUUCUGCUGACACUUACUUGCACAGGGUUGGUAGAGCUGGUAGAUUUGGCACCAAGGGGUUGGCUAUAACCUUUGUCUCAUCAGCAUCUGAUUCAGAUGUUCUUAAUCAGGUCCAAGCUAGAUUUGAGGUAGACAUUAAGGAGUUGCCUGAACAAAUUGAUACGUCCACAUACAUGCCGUCUUAAGAAGGUCGCAGUGGUUGAGUUUUGACAUUUCCAUCAUCUUGAUGCGCAAGGUGAAAAUGAAAUCAUCAAUGGCGCAUAGAGGGUACGAUGUAUCUUGGAGCUAUAUUAAAAAAGACUGAGCUAGGUUUUUAGGCUUGUGGAACUCCCGUUUAAGUAUUUCUUCUUAUGUUCUUAAUUUUAUCUUUAGCUGAUAUGUCCCUGUAUCAUUUUAAAUUAAAUUAUCAAAGAUUGUAUUUUAAAUUUACUUUUUUUUAGAACACCCAAGGUUUAUGCUCUUGCUUGACUGCGAAUGUUAGCUAUCUGCAUGCUGUAAUAUUUACCUUAAAAGCUCGUUUUGCCUUUCUACU